GCGGGAUGAAUGACGGACUGAGGCGUUAAGUCGACCAAGUUAAAGUAGUAGUAAUCCGGUGCAUCUCGUGGAGACGGCUGGUGUGUCGUGCAGCGUAGAAUUCAAAGAUAUGUCACUCAUCGAAUUUCUCAUCCUUUCGACCAUCCUCUUCGCCUGGUCAGCAUACGCAUAUCCGGAAGAUAGGCUAUUAAACGACGACGCGCGGGCAUCGAUCAUCGAGACAGUAUUGGAACGCGAACCGGCGACCUUCAAAUUGUACACCAGGGAGAACCCAUUUGGCGAAGAACAAUUGUUUCUAAACAACACCGAGGUGUUGUACGCGUCGCAUUUCAACGAAAGCAGACCGACCAAGUUUAUCGUUCACGGAUUCAGCGAUACCGGGAACGAAGGCUGGAUACGAGAUCUAAUAGGCGCGUAUCUGCUUUAUCAGGAUGUGAACGUGAUAGUCGUUGGUUGGGGAAUUUUGGCGUCCGACGCCUAUCCGGUGGCAGCUAAGAAUACGCGUCUUGUCGGUGAGUAUUUAGGCCAAUUCCUGGAGUUCUUAAAUCGGGACUCGAACCUGGAAUACAAGGACGUGCACAUUAGCGGUCAUAGUUUGGGAUCCUAUGUGGCGGGCUUCGCCGGAGCUUAUCACGAUGGACGUGUCGGAAGAAUAACAGGAUUGGAUCCUGCGAGUCCUCUGUUUGAGACCAUUUCCGGCAUAGUUGAUCCAGAAUAUCGAUUGGAUCCGACCGAUGCUCAAUUCGUAGAUGUGAUCCAUACCAGCGGUCCGACGUUUGGAUUUCUGGCGCCGUUAGGACAUGCUGAUUUUUAUCCCAACGACGGCAAAAUUCCUCAACCUGGAUGCUCUUUUGUGCCAACAAUAACUUAUUGUAGCCAUUCGCGGGCACAUCAGCUUAUGACCGAGAGCAUCGGUAGUACGGUAGGCUUCAAAGCAAGAAUGUGCGAGAGCUGGGAAAAAUACAAGGAGCAACUUUGCGAUUACAAUCCGGUCGUAUUGAUGGGCGAAUAUGCUUCUACGUCGUUACGUGGCAAAUUUUAUCUGUCGACCAAUGGUGCUCCUCCAUACGCGCAACAGUAAACAUUAUAAAUUUGAUCUUAACGGAUUUUGACCUAAGAAUUUGCGAACUCACGAUUCGAGAGCAAUGAUCGUGUAAUAUAAUAAUUUGUACUAUAGUCAUUUAUAAGUUACCUUAUUUAUAAAACUUUCCAUUCUGAGCGUGUACUGAACAUGUUUUGCGCGCACCGUAUAUCGGAAUGUAUCUUUAAUAUUACGUAAUGUAUGUUUUACAUACAUAUAAUUUUUAAAAAGAGUACAAAUUACAUUAAUUGUGACUACAA